CCCAAGCAGGGAGCAUGGAGCCAGAGGGAAUGGUCCCUGGGAGCUGCAGACCCCCACCCCAGGAGUUGGUGACAUUCCAGGAUGUGGCUGUAGACUUCACCCCAGAAGAGUUGGGCCUCUUAGCCCAUCCUCAGAAGGAGUUGUACAAGGAGGUCAUGCUGGAGAAUGCCCAGAACUUGCUCUUCUUGGGGCUUCCAGUUCCCAGAGAAUAUUUGAUGUAUUCUGAGGAAAGUGAAGCACCAUGGAUGCUGGAAGAAGAAGGCCUGAGGAGCUGCUGUCCAGGAGAGAUUAGACCUGAAAUGAGAGAGACUACUGGAAAGCUAAGGAUUUCUGUGAAAGAAAGUCACAAAGAAAGCUUCAUGUGUGAUGGUUCCUGUGACUUCACUGGGAGAAAAAUCUGUGCUGUAUUUCACAGAAUCCACAAAGGAAGGAAAGCUUAUAAUCGUCAUCAUUGUGGGAAAGACAUGAAUCAACAGUCAUCCCUGAUUUGCCAACAAAAAAUUCAUACUGGAGAGAAACCACACGAGUGUCACAAAUGUGCUGAACUUUUUAGUGAACACUCAUCCUUCAUUAUGCAUCACAGUGUUCACAGUGACAAGAAACCUUAUGAAUGUAAUCAGAGUGGAAAGGCUUGGAGUUACAGCUCUAGUCUUGCUGUACAUCAGAGCAUCUGCAUUGGAGAGAAACCAUAUGAAUGUGAUAAAUAUGGAAAGGCAUUCACACAGAGCUCAAACCUUACUCAACAUCAGAAAAUCCACAAUGGUGAGAAACCUUUUGGAUGUAAUCAUUGUGGAAAAGCUUUCAGAUUUAAAAGCCAUCUUGCUGUACAUCAGAGAAUCCACACUGGGGAGAAACCUUAUGAAUGUAUUCAUUGCAGAAAGGCUUUCAGAAACAACUCCCAUCUUGUUGCACAUCAGAGAAUCCACAAUGGGCAGAAACCUUAUGAAUGUAAGGAAUGUGGAAAGGCUUUCAGACAGAUCGUCACUCUUGCUAAGCACCAGAGAAUCCACACUGGAGAGAAACCAUAUGAAUGUAAUCAGUGUGGAAAGGCUUUCAAAGAGAGCUCCAAUCUUGCUAAGCACCAGAGAAUCCACACUGGGGAGAAACCGUAUGAAUGUAAUCAAUGUGGAAAGGCUUUCAGGCGGAUCUCCACUCUUGCUGUACAUCAGAGAAUCCACACUGGGGAGAAACCGUAUGAAUGUAAUGAAUGUGGAAAGGCUUUCAGAGCAAGCGCCACUCUUGCUGGACAUCAGAGAAUACACACUGGGGAGAAACCAUAUGAAUGUAAUCAAUGUGGAAUGGCUUUCAGAAUCAACUACAAUCUUGCUGUACAUCAGAGAAUCCACACUGGGGAGAAACCAUAUGAAUGUAAUCAAUGUGGAAAGGCUUUCAGAAUCAACUACAAUCUUGCUGUACAUCAGAGAAUCCACACUGGGGAGAAACCAUAUGAAUGUAAUCAAUGUGGAAAGGCGUUCAGAAUCAACUGCAGUCUUGCUGUACAUCAGAGAAUCCACACUGGGGAGAAACCUUAUGAGUGAAAGCAGUGUGGAAAGGCUUUCACACAGAUCUCCACUCUUGCUAAGCACCAGAGAAUCCACACUGGGGAGAAACCUUAUGAAUGUGAUAAAUCCAGAAAGGUAUUCAGACAGAGCUCCAACCUUCCUCAACAUCAGAAAAUUGACGAUGUUG